AUGAGUGCGUGCCUUUCUUGGACGUGCACCUGUUUAGGACAACCCCUUCAGGGACCCGGAGAUCCUACCCUCACCUCGCUUGUUGUGCACUCACACCCCCUAUGCCUUGUUGCCCGAAAUGGCAUCAGGGCGCUUGUGGUUGUCGAAUCGUGCAACAUUAGGAGGAAAGCAGCUCGACUGUCAGAAUUUUCUCUUACAGAAGCAUUUGAGUCAUUCUCCCAAGGUCUGUCUCCUUAUGGACCAUUCUGGGAUCUAAUCUUAGGAUAUUGGAAAGCAAGUCAAGAGUAUCCUGACAAGGUAUUGUUCCUAAGAUAUGAGGACAUGAAGAGAGAUUCAAUAUCGCAUGUGAAGAGAUUGGCCGAGUUCUUGGGGCAUCCGUUCACCGUGGAAGAGGAGGAGAAAGGCAUCGUGCACGAGAUUCUCAAGCUGUGUAGCUUCGAGAGCAUGAACAAAGCCAAGGUUCCCGAAAAAGGGAACUUUCAUGAAGGACCUGCAAACCAUUUCUACAUUAGAAAUGACGAGGUGGGAGACGCGAAGAAUUAUCUUAUGGUGGAUAUGAUGAGAUGUCUCGACGAGAUCACCGAGGAAAAGUUCAAGGGUACUGGGUUGACUAUAUGA